UCUUUCACAUAACAAAAGUGUUAUGUGAGUUCUUUCGUUCUUUCUCUUGUUGCUUGUUGACAUUUGUGAUUUGUGAUUACUGAUUUCCUUAUUGUAGCAAUUAAUUAACCUUAACCUCAGAAAUGUGAAAGUAGAAUUUUAAAUAACAAUUUUUGCUUCCAAUGCCAUUUACUUUUACUAGGCGUUAUCAGAUAUGAGUGGAUUAUUGUCUGGGUACUUGUUACCUUCUUUUGUCCAGAUUAGACAUGUCGCUCCUGAAAACGAUAUUGAACGAGAUAUGUUUAUUGUUAGAAACUUAUAAAGGCAGGGAUAAAAUUUUAAGAACACUAUGUUACACAACAAAGUUGAUCGGAGGUCUACAUAAAAAUGAGGAGGUUGCCAAAAAAUUUUUAUUCUUUAGUUCUCAUAUGUCGUCAACUAGAGCAACAUUACGACUACUUGAUGAUCUACCGAUGUUGAAAUACAAUCUGGAAUACGGAUUGGGACAUGAGGAACCAGAUAAAUACUUAGCACAACUUGGCGUUGUCACAAAUCUUAUUGACCAGAUUUAUUAUCCAAUUGAAAAAAUGUCAUUUAUAGCAGAACAUAAGCUGGUAUCAGGAAUUGAUAAUAACAAAUGGGAUACUGCUAGUUCUGUGUGCUGGGUACUAUCAAUUUAUUUAACUCUUAUGAAGACGAUGAGGUACAUUUCAGUAUUGCAGAAACAUAAGAAAUGUGUUCAAGCAGAUAAAAGUGUACCAAUAGAACAGAUCGUUCUUAUGCAAAAAUAUGAAGUUCUAACUUCAGUAAGGUUACUGAUGGAUUUAGUUCAUGCUGUAAAUACACUUCCUCCAGGGUUUUUAUGGUCUUCCAAGUUACAAACAUGGCAUGUUGGGCUGAUAGCAUCUUUAUCGUCAAUAUUGGGGAUAUAUCAAAUUUAUUAUAAACGGUCAAUAAAAUAGUACAUAUUUUUA